UUGUAUAACUGUCAGCUUUGUUACAUGCGCAUUGAAGUACAACACUCCACAUCUUAGUUCGCUCUCGCGGGAGGUUCUGGGGGCGUGUAAAAAGGGUCAGCGCGAGAUUGCUAGCACGUUCAGAGCAACUUCUUUCUUCGCUGCUGUAAGGAGUUGUCAGAGUUGUCACUAUGUCUGCUGGGAACGCUAAGAUCGGACAGCCUGCCCCCCAGUUCAAAGCCACAGCUGUAGUGGAUGGGCAAUUUAAAGACAUCAAGCUGUCUGACUACAAAGGGAAGUAUGUGGUGCUGUUCUUCUACCCGCUGGACUUCACCUUCGUGUGUCCCACUGAGAUCGUGGCCUUCAGCGACCGGGCCGAGGAGUUCCGCAAGAUCGGCUGCGAGGUCAUCGCUGCGUCUGUCGACUCGCACUUCAGCCACCUGGCUUGGAUCAACACUCCGAGGAAGCAGGGGGGGCUGGGGGCCAUGAAGAUCCCCCUGGUCGCCGAUAUGACCAAGUCCAUCUCCCAGGACUAUGGGGUUCUGAAGGAGGAAGAUGGCGUUGCAUACCGGGGUCUGUUUGUGAUUGAUGACAAGGGCCUGCUGAGGCAAAUCACCAUCAAUGACCUGCCCGUGGGCCGCUCUGUGGACGAGACCCUCAGGCUGGUGCAGGCCUUCCAGCACACCGACAAGUAUGGAGAAGUGUGUCCUGCUGGCUGGAAGCCUGGCAGUGACACCAUUAUUCCUGAUGUGCAGAAGAGCAAGGAGUUCUUCUCCAAGCAGAACUGACUCCGCCCAGCCUCCGCCUGUCCUGUUUGUCCCCGUCCCUUCUGAGCUUUGCCGUUUGGCAUUUACUCUCAUUUGUUGUCGUUCGCUUCUUAAUUACGGCCAGGUUUUUCGUACCGCCAAAUUCAACUGUCAUUUUCCAAGCACUUCGUACAGACGCAAUAGUUUGACCUCGGUAUCAUGAACAAAUAAGCUGUCUGUAUUUGAGUUCUCAAAAGUCCCAAGCACUGGAAGUAUUUCUGUUUUACUUUAGAUGUUAAAAAUGUUUAAAAUUUUGUACCUGACAAUUGUUCUGUAAUUGGUUUAUCAAAUGAAGGCAGUAAAAUGUAAUGAAAAUGUCUAAUUAAUAAAUCUGAAAAGGUUGCAA